CUUUGAUUUCUCCCGCGGACUACUCGGGUUGUCAUACGAGGCGCGUGUCUGCACUUUCAGUGACAAAAGGGAGCCGAGGAAGAAGUGAAAAAGUGGCGAGGAGGAGGAGAAUACGGACGAGAGUCGAUUGGGAGAUGUUUGUUUGAACAUCUGAAAGAGCCACUGAAUCGCACUAACAUGCAGAAGACUUACGGAAUGGUGCAAGAGAAGAGAAGUGUGAGGAGUUCAUCUUGAAAAGAUAUAAAGGAGCCUCCUUCACAGGUUACAUGGGACAAGAAGGUAGAUGUCUAAUGGCCUUAAGGCCAGGACCAUCCAUGUGAGAAGGAAUCUUAGAAGAAAAGAACAGACACUUAAAAAGAAAGAAGAGUUUUACAUGGAGCGCAGCCUCCAACAACAAUAACGGCAUGGGGGAAAGACUGGAGCCCUUUAAGCAAGAGGACUGUGAGUGGGGUGCACCUGAAUAUUGGAGUGUUAAGCUGGAGGAUUGUGAAGGAGGAAUUUCACUUUUUAAAGAGGAGGGGUGCAAGGAGAAGACUAUUGAAAUUCAAGUUGAGAAAUCAGAAGAUUUUUCAGUUAGUCUUGAGCUGCAAAAGCAUGAAACAGAGAAUAUUUCUAAGGAAGAUAUCUGUGAAGAAUCUCACGCAUUCAUUAAUUUGGGACAACUGACUACCCAGCAGAAUUCUAUGGAGCUGAAAUCUGAGCUAAGUCACUGUGAAGUGAAAAUCAGCAAAGGAAUCGGGAGAGAAGCAGAUGAACGGAAUUCGUCUAUGAGCGUGGGAAGAAAUUUAUGUGUGAAUAUUGGCUUCUCCCCAUUUUCAACUGCUCAGCCGUUUCCUGAGUGCAAACUGGAACAGAAACAGAUCAACGAGAACAUGAAGAAAUCAACAAGUGAAUCAGAAAAUUUGACAACAUUCUCUUUCCAGUGUAAUUCUCUUUCUGUGACAGAAGCUGUCAAAGCUGGCCAAAAACAAGGACAUAAAACGGAUCAAGAGCCUUUGUGCACUGGUCAAGAAUGUGGAGAAACUUUUAAAAACAAGUCUGACUGUAAAGAUAACAAGUCAGUUCAUUCAAAAUCAAAGCCAUAUUGCUGUUCUGCAUGUGGGAAACAUUUCCUCUAUAACAGCAAGCUUCAAAGGCACGUAAGAAUUCAUACUGGAGAAAAACCGCAUAGCUGCUCUUACUGUGGAAAAAGAUUUAGCCAGAUUAGCAAUCUUCAGAGUCACACAAGAAUUCAUACUAGAGUAAGGACAUAUUGCUGUUCUGAAUGUGGCAAAAGUUUCCUCUAUAACAGCAACCUUCAGGCACACAUGAGAAUUCAUACUGGAGAAAAGCCAUAUUGCUGUUCUGAAUGUGGUAAAAGCUUCUUCUAUAACAGCAACCUUCAGGUACACCUAAGAAUUCAUACUGGACAAAAGCCAUAUUUGUGUUCUGAAUGUGGCAAAACAUUUAGCCGGAGUAGCGAUCUUCAGAAUCACACUCAAAUUCAUACUGGAGAAAAGCCAUAUUGCUGUUCCGAAUGUGGCAAAAGAUUUAGCAAGCGUACCAAUCUUCUGAGUCACACUAGAAUUCAUACUGGAGAAAAGCCAUAUUGCUGUUCUGAAUGUGGUAAAAGGUUUAACCGGAGUAGCCAUCUUCAGAGUCACACAAGAAAUCAUACUGGAGAAAAGCCGUAUUACUGUUCUGAAUGUGGCAAACGAUUUAGCAAGAGUACCAAUCUUCAGAUACACACAAGAAUUCAUACUGGAGAAAAGCCAUAUUGCUAUUCUGAAUGUGGCAAAAGAUUUAGCCAGCUUAGCAAUCUUCAGAGUCACACAAGAAUUCAUACCAGUGAAAGGCCAUAUUGCUGUUCUGAAUGUGACAAAGGAUUUAUCCGGAGUAGCGGUCUUCAGAGUCACGCAAGAAUCCACGCUGGAGAAAUGGCUCUGAAGGAGUAUGUUAGAGGGGUAAAGAAGCAGAAGGAAGAAAGGAGAAAGAAAGAAGUCAAAAAUUCCUCUUUCUGA